UUUACAACACACAAAAUCCAUCGAAAAGAAAGAGUUGACACUUGUCUUGCUCUUUAAGUUUUUUUGAUAAACAGGGGAUAUGUAAUUUAAUUGAGAAUUUAGAGUUUCUCUUCUUGUAAAUCUGAGAUUUUAGAAAAUAUGAUUCUGGUGGGGAUAAUAUUCUGAACAAAAUUUGAUGUCAUCUAAUGGUACCUCUACCAGCUCAUCUGAAGAUGGACUUGGAGCAGGGGUGAUAUGGGUCAUUACAUUCUUCAGCACAUGUCUGAUAUUUGGUUCCAUUAUGACAUUUGUCUGCUGUGAUGCCUACAAGAAGUAUUAUAGAAGAGUUCCAAGAGAAUACAUUACGGGUAGAGGAAAUUACCCAAGACAGCCUAGUGCCCCAACACAAGGGACCACGGUCAGUAACGAUGGGGAACAAUCAAAGGAAAGCACCAGCCCUCAGACAGGGAAACAGGCAGAGGAAGAAGAUACACAGACAGGAAGUAGUGGCCAGAGCAACAGAGGUCACGUCAUACAGGUGUCAAACAGUGUCGACAUGCCAUCAACAUCAAAGAAAAAAUCCACCCUUCCACCCAUAGACAGCGAGAUUCCCACAAUAUCUGGGUCCGUCCCUGAGGGGGGUGGGGCAGUGAAUGGGGGAUUCACUGAUAAGCCCCUUCCCUCUAUAAAGGACAAGUCUUCAGAGAUUGUGUUAACCCCUGUUACCAACUUAAAUCUGGGCGUCAGUAUUUAUUCAUGAAUUAAGCUUGGCAUCGUUACAUAUUUGUUCCGUGUUUUAUAUUGGUAUUAAUGACUGUUGGUACAUGUACUGCUUUUAAGUUAUUUAUUUUUCAUUGCUUUUUGUCCCUCCUUAUCAUUUUAUAAAAUUAAAUGCAAAAAGAUCAAAGGUCUAGUUUUGUGCAAAAAGUGAUACAUAAAAUAUGUGUAAAUUGGUUGUAGAAACACUUUUUACCAUAUUUAUUUGGGGAUUACCUUGUUUUCAACAUCAAAUUUUGAAAUAUUUUUUCGUUUCUCAAUUUUCAAGUGUUUAAGUUCAUGAACUUUACCAGGACAUGGACUUCCAUUCUGUUUUAGGGCACUACACUACACCUACUGUAGAUAUAGGCUUGCAUUUCUUAUUCAAUUUCUUCUUACAUAUUCUACUAGAAAAUUAACAUAAAACAGUUUCAAUUAGACAAUGUAAGGUCUGUGUUCCCAUAUAAGCAUUCUUUAAUAAUUCUGAAGGGUGUUCAACAAGCCUUGGUAAUAUAUAUAUACUGUGUUAAAUCAUAUUAGAGCACUGCAUAAAAAUUUGGAUAGCCUACAGAAAUCAUCAUGUUUAUCUGUCUGUCAUCAAUUCUCUGUAGUGUAUUGGACUUUUUAUAGAUAUAUCAGGAAUUUUUUUUAAAUCUAGCAAUUCAUUUCUACUACACAAAUGAAGAAUGCAGGAAUGAGGACACCAACAGAUUUUUGCCCACAUGAUCAAAGUUCAAGGUCAUUGAUGGUUAAUAACCAAGUAGUUUUAAAUCUCCAUUUAACAAUACAGAAAGAGGGCAAGACACAUUGUUAGAGAUUUGGAUAAUAUGGUCUGAGAUCAAGGCUUCUGGCAUUGGCAUACUGUGGGGCCCUAAACAACUUUGUCAGUUACUGUAAAAUCACUAAUUUGUGUGGGAGUUUAAUUUUCAUUGUUUUUAUGGUAUGGAGAGACCCACGAAUUUAUGUCCCCCCCCCCCCCCCCCCCCCCCCGAAAUGUUAACAUUUUUUACUAUAGUAGAGUGAUUCUCCUUUAACCAUGAAAUCAAAUCUCACCGAAUCAGUAAUUUUUCCUUAAACCAUGACAAUUUGACCCCUCGAAUGUGAUUUUGCAGGACAUGCAGUGGCAUAUAUCACAGCAUUUGUAGGAAAUUAAAAAUUGGUCCUCUUGGUCAGCAUCCACAAUAAACUGGGUGGGACCAUUCCGGGAUUGUUAUAAAAAGUGCACUCGGGAAUAUCAACAUAAAGAAAGUAACUUAGGUGGAACUCCGAUUUGUUCCGGAGCUAGUGUUGAAACAAUAGAUGUGCCAUGUAGCAACUGCACAGCGAUGUAGAUCACAGUUGGCUACAAUAUCUCCAGUUGGAAUGCCUGUUAACAUUUAACAUAUUUGAUAUUUUCUUUCUGAAUAACUAAAAGGAAACAGCCUUUUAUCUGAUGCAGUUUGACAUAAAAUUUCACUGAUAGUGAUAAUAAUUGAUUAUGGAUAUAUGCAUUUUCAGUUCAUUUAUUUGCUCUCCCUAGCUUUUCAUUUUGAAUUGGGUUCAAGGGAAGUAUGUUUUGUUCUGACAUAAAUAUGUUAUGCAAUUAUUCAUCCACUUUCUAGAAGUAGCAGGGUAUUUGUCCAGUUGUUUAUUGUGCAAUUGUUAGAUGUUUUCAUUCUGAGGUGCUAAGAAUGUAAGAAACUCUCACCGACUGUAAUUUUUGACUAGAAUGUGAUACAUGUACAUAUAUUCCUACAGAAGUGAAAGCAAAAUAAAUCAAAACAAUUUAUGCCUCCUGUUAACCAGCUAGGGGCAUGUAGUUUCCUACAAAAUCAUUAGACUAUUUCUGACUUUUAAAGUUCCAUUCUUUCAAUUAAAAACACUUGUUUUCAUUCUUCUCACUGGGACCAGGGUAGCAAUUUACUUGAACGAUGCUUGACAAUGGUUUUUUUUUUUCAAUGAAAAAUACACUUAAACUUUGGUAUCUUGAAUAACGUGUCAAUAUUGAAGUGAGCUGGAAGUCUCAAGUACUUUUUAUGUCCCCCGUUACAUGUAUCUAAGAUUCAGGGGCAUAUAGUUUUUGGUCUGUCCUUCUGUCUAUCUCUCUGUCGGCAAAAAUCUUCAACCUUGACUAUAACUUUUGAACAGUUGGUGUGAGGACUUUUAUAUCGUUUUUUGAUGUCAUGUCAAAAUCCUGACUUCUCAAACAUCUCAAACUUUUUUCUGGGUCCCAUGAAGUUUGAGAUGAUGAACUUUGAAUCUAAUUGUAAAAACAUUAUAUCAGAUUUAUGAUGUUUAAUAUACAUCAAAUUUUGUAGGAUACAAGUACCAUGUUUUAUACUAGACCCCCUAAUUACUAAGUUUGACUCCUAUGUUAUUUAUACCUUCUGUCUCUUUCUGGAAAUAUUUUUUGCCACCCAGUUAUUGUACAUGUUAGGCUGACUAGGUUUUCAUGGAUUUAUGUUAACUAAAAUGUUACUAAAAAUGGAAUGGAAAACAUAGAAUUUUUUUAACAGUAUUAUUUUUUUUUUCCUAUUGGCAUUUUACAUUACUUUGUUUAGACAGCUUAGGACAAAUAAAAAAUGUGUGUUCCUGGUUAUAAGCCAAAAAAUUAGGAGAGGUAUGUAGACGAUAACUCUUUUUUUUUUUACUUUUUAUUUUGAAGGAAUCAGUAUUCAAUACACUGUUUAUUCGUCCUAUAUAAAUACACAUAUAUGAAUAAACACACCCAACAAAACAAGUGUACUUUUAGAUACACUUGGAUAGACAUGUUUUAACAGUGUCUUGAGAUAUGCAUUUUAAUGAACAAAAGUAUGGUUCAAAUUAAUUUGGAAUAAGAAGUAGUAGGGUUGAUGGGUAAAAUUAGGGUUGAUCAGGUCACCAAAAGAACACAUAUUUUUUUUAGCCUUAGGCUGUAUAUCCAAGUGCAGAUUUUUAACUGGGCAUUAAUCCUAACUACAUUUGGCAUUAUGCCAGACCAAAAUAAAAACAAAAUUUAUUGAUUUGUUACAAUAUAAUUGUGAGAGUAUAUAUGAAUAUCUUCUAUACAUUCCACAAUAUGUAUUGCUUUGCUCAGAUGUGAUAAUAAAUGAUAUCAGUUGUAUAUGAGUUGUUAGAUAUGGAUGUACUGUUAAUAUUUAUGUACAAUGUUAAUGUUCUUGUAUAUGUAACAUGAUUUAUUUUUUAUUUAUUGUGAUACUUGCUGAUCAUUAUGUGCUGUUUUAUGCAACUCAUUUAUUUUCCUACUUAAGAAUUUUAUAGACAUUGUAG